CACCGGAGAUCCCUCAGUCCAAAACUGUCUGCAGCCGUUCCAAUGUGACGUCAUUGCUUCCGCAACCCCCUCCAUUCCCCCCACCUCCAGUGUCGGCGGCGCUCGCCUGCUGCUGACUACACAAUCCAACAUGGAGUAAUAAGAGAUGGGGCUCCACACCGAGACCAGCGCGCAGUCUUCGGCCACGGCGAGGCGAAAAAAACAUCGAUAUAGCCAUCGGGACGAUGCACGAAGGCAGGAUUUGGGGAUUUUUAACCAGAUGCAUUGCGACCACUAGAGGAUAAAGCGGAGUGCGCGGGGAAAGAGCGAAAAUAAGCAACGCCGAAACGGAUUUGGGGAAAAACUCGUUGGUGUGGACUUGAGAAAGAGACGAAGUGGAGAACCGAGACGACAUGAAGCCCGAACGAUGUGUGCCCGCGGAGGGAUAUUAUUAUUAUUGUAGGUGAAACGAGGUGGAAAAUGACCGAGGAAUCGCAACCAGACGAUGACAGUUACAUAGUGCGAGUGAAAGCGGUGGUGAUGACGAGGGAUGAGUCUAGCGGGGGCUGGCUGGCUCAGGAGGGUGGAGGUCUCAGUCGGGUCGGGGUUUGUAAGAUGGUCCCAGCUGACCUGGAGCUCCUGGGACGAAAUGGCUUUCUCAUCUAUGGCGAGAGACUUAAAGACAAGCAGGUAAUCCUACAGUGCUUUCUAAAGAAGGACCUGGUCUACACUAAAGCCACGCCCACCUUUCACCAUUGGAGGGUGGACAACAGAAAGUGCGGGCUGUCGUUCCAGAGCCCUGCUGACGCCCGGGCGUUCGACCGCGGCGUGAGGAAAGCCAUUGAGGACCUCACGGAGGGAUCUACAACAUCCUCCUCCACACUGCAGAAUGAGGCUGAACUGGGCGACGAUGAUGUUUUCACGAACACCACAGACAGCUCGUCUAAUUCUUCUCAGAAGAGAGAGACAUCCAUGCAGACGCUCGCACCAAUCAGCUUCUCUGAGCCCCACCAUUGCAUUCUGGGACAUCUUUACGACCAGCACAGGCACUCUGACCGUUACUACCUGGAACAGACGGUACCCAUAUUCCCCUGUUCACGUCAUGUCAGGUUUCACGAGGAGGAUGAGGAGAUCGUUCGGAUUAACCCACGCGAACGCUCUUGGCUAACGGGCUACGAGGACUAUCGGCACGCUACCACGGCCACACGCGAAAAAACACUGCGAUCGGAUGCCACGGACGCUUACGUUCACCUCGAUAAGAGCGAGCCACCCAAACACGACUACACUUACUCUUACCCACACAGUGGGGAUGGACACCUGACCCACGGUGGCAAAACGGGCAUCGGCGGGGGCGUGGUCACAGGGCAGCCGAGGCCGCUGACGGCGAAAUGGCUGCCGCGGCGCGUGGACGAUGGAAGGGAGCGCUUGCGGUGCGUGUACUGCCAGAACAUGUUCAGUCCGGUGGAAAACGGGCGCGGGCGCUGUCAGGAAGCCCCGGACCCCGUGCAAACGUGCAUUCGGCGGGUGAGCUUCAUGUGGUGCGCGGACAGCCUGCUCUACCACUGCAUGUCGGACACCGAGGGCGACUACUCGGACCCGUGCUCGUGCGAUGCCAGCGAAGAGCGUUUCUGCCUGCGAUGGCUGGCGCUCCUGGGUCUCUCGCUGUUAGCGCCCUGCAUGUGCUGUUACUUGCCACUGCGAGCGUGCUACCGCUGCGGCGUCGCGUGUCACUGUUGUGGCGGGAAGCACAAGGCAGCGGGGUGAGCAGCGGGACGGGACGCAACAGUGUGGAUGAGGAAUGAAUGAACUGCAUUUGUUAUUUUUUCCUUCCCGCUGUAUUUCAGAGGGUCGUCCCAUUAACGUUUCUUUUGUUUCAGUUUAACUGUACCGGACAGAGGUCCUAAUAUUUUUUUUGUUUUUAUUUGUAUUGGUUUUUAAAAGAGUAACCCUCAGCUUCCAUUUAAAAAGACUACACGAUAAAUAUUCGUUUAUAUAUGAAAAGUAUAUAUAAAUAUAUGUAGAUAUAAAUAUAUAAAUCCAGGUACUUUAUAUUUUUAUGCUUCUGUGCUUUGAAGGUUUGACUUACGUUCCCGCGUCUUUGUCUGUUCGUUUUAAUCGAUUCGUUUUUUUACGUCACUGUUUGCUGUGUCUCUCCAGUCAGAGGCGUCUGUUUUAACUGUGAUACACGUCCACUAGACAAACCCAGAGUCCAAAAUAGUUGACCUGUAGGAUGGUAGAUCCCGUGUGUGUAUGUGUGAGGUCUGUGUGGUGUGAUAUGAACACAUUGCUAUACAAUUGUAAAGCAAUUGUGUGUCUUUUUUGUCUCACAAAACAUGUCUAGAUUGCAUUAACCCCAACAAUCGAUUGCAAAAUAAUUGUUAAAAAAAAAAUCAAGCAUAUUGUGGGACCAUUUUUUUAUGUUGGUUUUUAUCGUCAUGUAAUCAAGUACAGUAAACCAUUACUCUUUACUGUAAUGCAUCCACAUAUUUUACCGCUAAUAAUUCAUAUUAUUCUCAAUGGCGAUUUUAUUUACUGUAAUACAGUAUGUUGUGGUUUUAAAAGGGAGUGUAACAUACACUACCAUGAUGUAUAAAAAUUAGGGAUGCACCAAUAUAUUAGCCUAUAAUCGGUAUUGGCAGAUAAAAGCAUGUUGACAAUGACAACAGAAUUGCAUUUUGUGAAGAUUUCACAACUUAAUACUUUGAAACAAGGAGUAAAAAGCAACACAAUCUGUAUUUAUCUCUAUCAUAUCAUUUCUUUCUAAAGAGUAAUUUAUAUUCAUGUGUAGAUUCUACGCCAUAGCUAUGCUAUAGGCUAUGCCAUAGGCUAUUCCGUAGGCUAUUCCUUAGGCUAUGCACAGCUCUGUGUGGUCUGAUGUGCACCUCAACAAAAAUUUAACAACGUGUCCAUUCUACGCAGACCGCAAGUGCUGUGAUUGGUCCACUAGAACCCCUUACGUCAAGUAAAAAAGAAUCGGCACAUUUCUUCAUAGGCAUUUCUGCUUACGGUAAAAACAAACAUGGGCCAAGUUGAGGAGUAAUUUAACUCAAAUUGCAAUUUACCUCGCUGUCAAUUUACCUCCAUUAAUGCUGGUCUACUCAAAUCAUACUGCUUCUGCUUCUUUGUUUGUGGGUUUACUUGCCAAGCUGUUUUUGCUUUGGCUGUUGCACUGCUACUGUGGGUUACACGCAUGGAUACUGCCUACGAAGAACUUUAAUGAGCCCUUAAGUAAUUAAAUAUCGGAAUCAGCACAGAAAUGUUGUAUUGUUGCAUCCCUAGUAAAUAUACAAUCAAAUAUACAUAUUUUUAAAAAAAUGUAUAUGAUACAUGUUUUUCACAUUACAAUUUUUAAAAAAAAAGGUGCAAUAUGGGACUUUUAGCGGCAUCUAGUGGUGAGACUGUGAAUUGCAACUUGCAGCUCAGUCCACAGCCCCACCCUCCCUUUCGAAACGCAUAGAGAAGCUACAGUAGCCACCACAGGACAAACACAUCAUCGUUUGAGACGAUAGCGACUUCCAUGUAAGGGGACCCGCUGUGUAUAUAGAUAAAAAUGAUUCAUUCUAAAAUAAUAGUUUAUUUUUUAAGGUCUUUAUACACCACUGAUAAUAUAGUUAUGUAGAUUAUAUUGGAUUUCCGUCAAGAGAUCCUUUAAAAAGUCCCACAUUGCACCUUUAAAUAUCAGUCAUAGUAGUCAUAGUGCAGAAAGUCAUCAUGGUCCUCAAAACAGGCUACAUUUUCUUAAAAAAAAAUUAAUGUUUGAAUUAAAUCUGACAGUUUUUGUGAGAUAUGCCCAAUGUGUUGUUCAGAAUGUGUGUGUGUGUGUGUUAUCAAUGUUUAAAACUCAAAACCAGCCUCAAAGUUGAUGUACCCGUCCUACAGGAUGAAAACAAGAUGUCUUUUUCUCUGCCUUUGUCUUAAGCACAACACAACUAGUAAAACUAACAAACAAAAAACCAUCUGAACACUGUGCAAGUUGUUGUGAAGUUCUAAAACUAUUUCCAGCGGCUGGCCUAUCGGCUUCAUCCUUCAAACAACAUCGAGCCAAUCGGUGAACUGUGAUCCUGUUUGUCAUCUGAUGUUUUAUGUUCUGUUUCUUCUCUCUCUCUAUCCCCCCCUCCCCUAUGAGCUUCUGCAGUAGUACUAUCUAAACGGUGAGCAGAGGAGUUGUAUUUUUUAACCGGUGUCCAGGAGAAUGAGUUAUCUGUCUGUAUGCUGCUCCUGAACACAAUCUGAGAUUAAAGGAAAGUGCCUGAAUCAUUUAA